AGGUUAAAACAUGGAUAUUUUGUUUAGUAGGCAUAUAAUUUUGUUUCAAUUUCGAAACACGAAAAAUAUAGUUAGUUUAUGUCUAGAAUUUAUAAAGGUGGUUUAAAGAGGUUUUCAGCAUUAAUCUAUGGACGAUCGAAAGGAUCCAAAAUCCGAGCCAAAGAAGCGCCGAGAGAAACGCUAUGGCCCAGGCGAUGAUUGCACUAUUUGCAUGCGCCCCAAGCAGGAGGCAGUGGCCACCAAGUGCGGUCACUCGUUCUGCAAACAGUGCAUCUCCCUGCACUUGUACUACAUUAGCGACAAGGAUGUGCUCUUCUGUCCAGUCUGCCGCACUGACGUUGAAUCGUACAGCGAUGAGGAGUAGAGGACACCACAUAUCGGAGAGUUUCCUCUAAGCUUUCACAUCACAUCGAAGAAUUUCCCCUGAGCUUUGACCAAAGAUUUGUGUUUUUUGUGUCAUUUCAAUAGACACCAUAAUGUAAUGUAUGUAUGUAUCAUUUCCAGCACUUUUUUGAAACGA